AUUCAUCAAAGCCAGUUAAGCUUCAGUCAUUGAUAAACAGCAUCUAAAGUGUGUAGUGCUUAUAAAAUUUGUAUAAAUCUAGCAAGAAAUGCUGCUUUUCUCUUUAAAUUAAAUACACCCUGAUUUUCCUGUCAAGCAUAAAAACAAACGAGCAUGCAUAUUUUUGCAUAGGACCAAUGACAUCAGACCAACAGUGUCCCUACCAAAGUUGAAAUCAAACCUAUGCCCUUGAUUUCAGGCUGUAUUAGCCAUCAGAUCCGUUUAUAGUAGUUCUCCUUUCUGUUGACAUUUUGCAGCUGAUGGUGUAUCCUUCCUGUUCUUCACACAUUUGCUCAAGAUGAGGGAUUUCUUUAAAGUUUCCAACUUGAUGCAUUGAGCUGGUGCUUUAGAUAAACUGAAUGAAAUAGAAUUAAUGAGAUAAACAUAUAUGUUCUCCAUAUAAAGAGAGAGUACAGUUCUAAUAAGGCCACCAGGGGUUUUCAGCAUCUGAUUAAACAGGAGGAAACGCCACACCUGCUUCUACUUAUAGUGAUUGCUGCCCAGAGCUCAGACUGGAUCCAAGUGGAUAAAAAAGCUAUUUAGUUUGACCGGUUCUGUUGCCACAGUAGGUUUUUUUUCCAUUAUAGUAAUCGAAGCAGAAGUUAGAAACUUGUUGGAGAAAGCUCUUUCAGUCAUUAUGGACUUUUCUCACCCCAGAGAAAGAAAAGCCAGCAGCUAUGGCUUUAUACCAGAUAUAAUAGCUUAUCUUGGAUCUGAUUCAGAGCCAGGAUAUGACAUUCCUUCUGAGACUUCUAAUCUAAAAAACGAAUUUCUUGGAAGCGGGGACAAUACAGACCAUCCUAAAGAUUACAGCCCUCCAAUAGAUUUGUCUGCAGCUAUGAUACCUACCCCCCUGGAACAAAAGUGGGAUUUGCAGAGUCCAGAUGGUCUGGAAGAAAGAUUCUUUCUGGACCUGGAAGCCAGACUGGGAGAAAGCGUGAUGAUAUUUCAAGUUGGAGACAUUGUGCUGCUGCACUGUGGAAACUUUCAGCGGCAAUAUGUGCCAUAUCUGACCAACAUGAUGUUUCAGGAGUCCCUUGUCAACCAACUGCUGCAGGAAAACAAAGACUUUAUGUACGCUCUCAAGAGACUAGAGGAUGACCCAGUCUGUCAGAAACGGAGACUGAAAUCAUUCCUGGUUCUACCAUUCCAAAGAAUAACGCGGAUUAAACUUCUACUAGAGGGCAUCCUGAAACUGACAGAGCCAAACUCUGAAGCAGCUUCAAAUCUUACAAAGGCAAUAAAGGGCAUUCAUGAGAUUUUGGUGGAGUGUGACCAGAAGGUGGAAAAAAUGAAAUCUUUGGAGGAACUGGUCCGCCUGGAAAUGCUGCUGGACUUUGCUGACAUCAAGUCAGUCCCUCUAGUGAAAAGCACACGCGUUCUGAUUCACCAUGGACCCCUGGCCACUUUGGGGAGUUACGGUUCAAAAAUGUCAAUCAACCGCAUCUACCUCCAUCUCUUCAACGACCUCUUGCUGAUCUCCUCAAAAAAGUAUGAGCGGUUCACUGUGUUGGAUUACGCUCUCUUCCCUCAACAUGUGAACGUUGUGCAAAGUAAAGUUGUGGGACUUCCUCCAGAAUCCUUCCUGUUGAUGCUGUCUGAGAGUCAGAUGGGACCUUUGACUACCAUGAUUCUGAUUGCCAAUGGAAGCUUCGAUAAGGAGGAAUGGAUAAAGGCCCUUUCUAAGAAGUAAUGGCUGUUUCUAAAUGAAAAGUUGCAUCUUUUUUGUAUUUUAGAGUUUUAUCCCUCAUUUCAUGUUCAAUUCUUCACACCUGGGUGCACCUAAAUUAUCAGUUCUUGGCACUCUUGUAGAAAUGUUCCAAAAUGUUGAAGGAAGUUCAAAGGGUUUCACAAUUUUUCUUAAUUUAAGCAAUAUGUUUUAUGAAUAAAGAUUUUUAUAAUCAGUCUGAAAUUGUAUAGCGGUUCAAUAAAAAAAAAUCAUCCUGUGGUAAAACAACUUGUACCGCAGAUGUUUGUCAGACACCUGAAGCUCACAGGGCAGCAUGCCAUGCGGUCUAAUGCCUAGAAAGCAUUAAGGUAACUUCACCUGAAAUCCUCCAAUUUAUUUCAAUCAAUUUAACCAAAUGUCCAAUCCAUGUGACAGGCUUUAUCCUUUUUCUAAAAAAAGCAUUCAAAUUGAGUAGAUGAUGCACAUGUAGUUUUGAGACUUUUGAAAAAUGCCCAUUUAAAAGUUACAAGUCUCCCCUUGGUUGAAUCAUAACUUGCAGCAGCUACAAAACCAACCUGGAUGACAUAACUGAGCAACUUUCGCUUCUUUUUAAAAACUGAGCCACAUGCAGGAGGCCCCAUAAAUGGACUACAUAAAUGCAAUAUACAUACACAGUAUGUACUUUUGUCAGGGGGUUGCAACUGCCUCUUUAAGCUGUAGCGAUUGGGAUGGAACAGCCUAAUCUCUUCAGGGCUGAGGAGAGACUUUACGAUUGAUCAGAGGGAUAAAAGUGAAUUUUUAUUUUGACUUGGGGCCAAACAUGGAAAACAUUGAGCAUAAUCGGAUGUGGUCUACAUAAUGUGUAAAUUCUAAAUAAAAUAAAACGUUAAAAUCAUUGGGGAAAUGUGCUAAUUGAUCUAUUUAUCAACUUAAAAUCAAUUUUUAUCUCUUAGAAAUGUAGGUUUAAAUACUGCAGGUAGGUUAAUCAUGCCUUUCUGAGAGGGCUGACUGUUCAAAAUCAGUUUUUGAUUCUUGAAUACAACCUAUCCUGUCAACACUAUAGGAGCAAGGUGAUUACAUUUUUGGUUAAUCUGUCUAGAAGUACGGAACCUUUUGUUUAUGACACGGGUGUUCCACCCAGAAGGACUAAACAGUUUUUGAUUACUGAAGUAUUAGGCUGUCAACGGACGUAUGGAAAUAAUGGAAAUAUGUCAAGAGUAGAAAUGGAAUAAAUGUAAGAAAAUAAAAUGGAUG